CCCGACGGGACUCCAGGGCAAUUCCUGAUGAGAAUUUACACCUCGCCACCAACAAUACAACCCAACAAUAGCGAAAUCACGGAUACGCGGGAGGCCAUAGACGUCCUGCAGCUCAACGACUCGAACGUGGUCUUGUACGACUAUAGCAACGCUGCUGCACCUGAUAAUGUUGUUUAUGCUACCAUAACUGCCGACUUGGUUGUCGAGAAAACGGAUACGUAUGCCUUCAGCCUCACUGUCGCUGGAACCGCAACAUUGUAUCUAGACAACGCUCUCAUCGUUGACAACUCUCAUGAUCAGAAGAGGGGCACCAGCUUCUUCGGUUCCGGAAGUGUUGAGCAAAUCAACCAUGUACAACUCGUCGCCAACAGAGUCUAUAAGCUCCGAGUUGAGUUUGGCAGUGCCUCGACCUCCAACUUGAACAAAGCAGGCGCACCCGUCUUUGGGGCAGGCGGUGUCCGUAUUGGCUGUGCCAGGUGCUCCAACGAGUCCCUUGAGCUUGAUCGCGCUGUUGAACUGGCCAAGACUGCGGAUCAAGUGGUUGUCUGCGUCGGCCUAGGCCCUGAAUGGGAAUCAGAAGGUUCCGACCGUUCAUUGUACGAACUCCCCGGGAGGCAAUGUGAACUGAUAUCCAGAGUCACAGCAGUAAACAAGCAUGUUGUUGUGAUUAUUCAGUCUGGCACUCCCGUAUCGGGUCCUUGGGAUCAAGUUGCUGCUGUGAUGCAAACCUGGUACGGUGGUGAUGAGCUAGGCCACGGUAUUGCAGACAUAGUCCUGGGUAGAGAGAGUCCCUCGGGGAAACUCCCCUUGUCUUGGCCUCGUUGCAUUGAGGAUAAUCCUUCCUUUCUUAGUUACAGAAGUGAAGCCGGCGCAUGUAAUUACAACGAAGACAUCUUUGUUGGAUACCGCUUCUAUGAAAAGACCAAGAGAAAGGUGCAAUGGCCUUUCGGCUUUGGUCUAUCGUAUGCGUCCUUCAUCCUCCAGCAACCAAGUGUGCAGCUAAGGGGCAGCGGCGUCGACGCAAAUAUCCUCGUCACUCUAUCCGUUUGCAACAACUCGGCCACCACAAGCGGGAAAGAAGUGAUACAGGUCUAUAUGAGCCGCAUUACACCAUCGUCAGUUAGCCGUCCUGUCAAGGAGUUGAAGGGAUUUGCUAAACUUUUCGUCGCGGCUGGCGAAACAAGGCUGGCAACCGUUGAAAUUCCUCUCAAGAACGCUGUCAGCGUCUGGGACGUAACAACCAAUUCCUGGCUGCUGGAGGAAGUUUCAAGUGCCAAUCACUCAGCAUUGGCGCGGGCUCUAAUUAUUGCCACUUCGUCAUCGGGCUUCGGCAAGAGGUAUCUCCGACGCGGAGAUGACGGAGAUGACGGAGCACAAUGGCAGUCUUUGCUCAUUUUCUCUUCUCCGAGUACUUCAGCUCUUCUCCGCCAACACAAGGACACUAACCACUAUGAAUUCAAACACCGAGGUUUCACGUGGAGCGAGGAGGCGGCGCCGAUAUCGUACGCCCAUCAGCUGCCGGCCUUGUCGGCAGAGCAAAUUACGGUGCGACCGCCAGACUCCAUGUGCAUCAUGUACACGCACGAGAUGAUGGCACCCGCAGCAGCUCAGCCAGAUAGUGGCAACCUUACCAGCCAAACUUCACCCUUGUCAGUGCCUCUGCAAUCACCAGAUAGCUCCCAGAGGGAUGAAACCAAUGGUUCACAGCCUUCUCCUCCCUCGGAUUCCUCGGCGUUUGGAGACGCUAGCCUACAGCAGCAUCAAGACCAACCACAUCGCAACCUCUACCAAGACUUUACUCAGUCUCACUGGGAUGCAGUGUUGCAGAGACCUACUGAUCACACCAGACGUUCCACCCUUGCAUCUCAGGGCAACCUUCAUCAACCAGAAGCUUUUUAUUUCCCAUUUCCUCUUGCUUCAGAGGUGACAGUCAAUGAUUUGACGAGCGCCUUGCCACCUCGUGAGUCAUGUGAAUAUCUGAUCAUUCGGUACUUCACCUGCAUAUCUCCCUUUUUCCAUAUCCUUCAUGGACCGACUUUCCAGAAACAGUUCGCAGGCUUUUUUAAAGACACAUCUAGUUGCGACUUAUCAUGGCUGGCGCUGCUUUUUCUCAUCUGCUCUGCCACUCUAAAAACAAUCGAUAAAGGCGACGAUGUGAUUGAUUCCAUCGCGUCAAGUUCCUCUCACAGCCCUAACAUCGCAGUAAUAUCAGACCGAUAUCGUGCCAUGGCUAUGAUCUGUCUUUGUAAAGAUAGAUUUCUGGUUCGUUAUCGAUUAAGUACAUUGGAGGCAUUGCUUGUCCUUGUUUACACAAUCAGUCAUAAUGAGGGAGCUGAACAAAGUUGGGUCAUUCUCGGGAUGGCAUCGAAUAUCGGCAUAGCCUUGCAGUGUAAUGCAGCCAAGCCAGAUCCGAAUCUGACUCUUGUUGAAAGGGAACGUCGCAGACGAUGCUGGGCCGGUAUACUCCUCUUACAUACCUACCAGGCUAUCCUGUUUAGAGAUGUCGAUAUGUCAUCUCUUAUUAGUGACUAUACAACCAUGCCUGAAAACGUCAACGAUACUGAUAUUUUACACGAUCGAAUUCUACAACCUUCAACACAGCCGACACAAAUGUCUGUCAUGAUAUUCAAGAUAUCCCUGUUCCGGCUUUCGGCUCGCAUUUGUAAAGAACUUUCAGAUGCGACGCCACUGACCCAAGCCCGGCUCGUGGCUCUGGAUGCUGAGAUAGCCUCCGAACAACAACGCUGGGCUUCCAUAUUUCUCGUGGAUGGAGCCCCAAGUCUUCUUGACUCAUCCAGCUACGCUCUGUGGUGCGGGCUCGAUGUUUAUGCACAUCAGCUAUAUCUCCUCUUGCACCGGCCGUUCUCACGGCCCGCCAAUCAACCACUUUAUCGACCGGAGUCGAGACAGAAGUGCAUCACAUCAAGCCUAGUACUUCUCGAUAUUCAUCGGAAGUGGAUGGAACUUCCCCGUUUAAGCAGCUAUAGCUGGUAUGCAUAUGGCGUGGUUGGAUCUUGCGCUCUCCAUGGCGCUGUCACAUUGGCAUCAUGUCUUCUGGAACGAACUGAUCAAGAAAUUGAUGAUUCUGCCGAGCGGAAGGCAUUUGAUGCCGCAGUUCUGCGUCUCAAUAAGCUACAAGAACGGAGUUCUCUUUAUGUAAAAGCAUAUCCUGUUCUUCGUCAGCUACAGUCAAUGCUCUCUCCAGGCAGCAUCCCUUGGUCUUCUGAAACUGCUCAGAUAUUUGGAACUACUUUUGAUGAUUGGAUAGAUAACGUGCAGUGGCUCGACCCCGAGUCCAUAGAUUGGAACUUCUGGGACGAGAUCUUAAAGUCGGGGCUAAGUGAGGUCCCCUCUUGA